AUGAAUGUUUUUAAACUUCCUAGAAGAUUGUGCAAAGAAAUUUCAGCUUUGUUGGGAAACUUUUGGUGGGGGAAAAAUAAAGACAGAAAAGGGAUCCAUUGGAAAAGCUGGGACUGUUUGGCAGGGGCAAAAAACAGUGGAGGAUUGGGUUUUAGAAACUUGGAGGACUUCAAUGUGGCCUUAUUAGGUAAACAUGUUUGGAGGUUUUUAAAUGACCCCACAUCAUUAGUGGCACAGGUAUACAACAGUAAAUACCAUAGAAAUAGUUGUAUUUUGGAUGCAAAGGUUGGCAAUGCGCCAUCUUUUAUAUGGAGAAGUGUGUGGGCAGCAAAAGAGGUUACUAAAGAAGGGCUAAUAUGGCAGGUGGGUAAUGGAAGAAGUAUUAAGAUCUGGAAACACAGGUGGUUACCUAAACCUUCAUCUUAUUGUGUUAAAUCUUUGGUCUCCUCACUAGGGAUUGAGGCAAGGGUUUCAGAUUUAAUUAUCCCAGAAUUGAAGGUGUGGAAUGAGAAGCUUAUUAGAGACCAUUUUGGUGUUGAGGAGGCUGAACUGAUUUGUAGUAUGCCUAUUAGCAAAAGAGAAGGGGAAGAUAAGAGGAUAUGGAUUCAUUGUACUGAUGGGAAGUUUAAUGUUAAAAGUGCAUAUCACAUGGCAAGAGACAUAAGGAGAAGGGAAGAAGGAGAGGUUUUGGGAGGGGGAAAAGAAGCUGAUAGGUGGAGAAAACUAUGGAGUUUAAACAUUCUAGGGGCCACAAAAAAUUUUGUAUGGAGGGCAUGUACCAACUCUCUUCCCUCGAAAGCUUUGCUUCUCAAGAAAAGUGUUGGGGUAACUGAUAAGUGCCCAAUUUGUAAAACUGAAAAUGAGACAAUUUUACAUGCUUUAUGGCAGUGCACAGCCGUGAAUGAUGUGUGGGCCUGUAAGGGGAGUGGUGUGCUGAAAUGGAGUGCUAUGGCAGAGGAUUUUAGGGAUCUAUGGGAUAGACUUUGUUUGAAACUAAACUCUAGUUUAUUAGAGGAAGUGAUAGUUAUUCUCAGGGGUAUUUGGCAUAGACGAAAUAAAUUUGUUUUUGAAAAUAUUUUUUCUGGUCCUGCACAGGUUAUUGAAGGGGCCAUUCAAUCCUUAGAUGGUUUUAGAGAAGCUUUGAGGAAUAAUGAAACUAACUCGAAAGGUGGGAGCCCUGUGUCUACCAUCAAACAGUGGUAG